AUGGCGGUGCGAGUGCUGGCGACUUUCAGUGGGGAGGAGGAGGAGGAUGGGGAGUCGACUCUGCUCACGACGUUCAAGGGAACGAAGACUGUAGAGACGAGCUUCCUUCGAAGGCCAGAUCAGAGCUUCACCUUCACCUUCGAUCGAGUCUUCCCACGAGGAAAACCAGAUGAGCUGAUCGCUUCUUGCGUUGAUGAAGCAUGGUACCAGCUAUCGGCUGGGCAGAGCUGCUGUAUCAUGUGUUAUGGACAGAAGGGGAGUGGGAAAUUUUCGAGCCUGAUAGGAAGUCAAGGGAAGCCAGGAAUAUUAUUGAGCUUAGUGGGAAACAUGUUGGCGAAUUCCAGGGAGGUCGCAACAUUGACCGCCUUCGACAUCUACAAAGAGACGAUCAGAGAUCUGCUGAAACCUGGAAACCAAUCAGCAGGAUCGUCCAGCCUGAAGCUACGUGACAGUGCGUCUGCGGUUGUUGUUGAUGGCAGCGUUGAGUUGGCAGUCAAGUCAAUCGAAGACCUUGAGGAGAACUUGUCAGCUUUCCAGGCAUGCAGGGGCCACUGUGUGAUAACCGUCCGACGACCCUCGGGUUGCAAGCUGUUCAUCGUCAAGCUGGUUGAUAGCGAUGCUGGUAGCACGUUGAAACAGGCGGGAGCCGAAGCGAACGAGACUCGGAAAUGGGCGCUCAAGUCCUUUACAGCUCUUGCCAACUGCUUGAAGGGCGCAGCUGAGAGGUCGAAAAUCAUCCCCGUGCGGGAGAGCACGCUUACACGCAUGCUUCGGGAGUGUUUCAACAGCGCAUUCAUCACGUUUGUGGGUCAUUGCCGGCAGGGCGAAUCUACUCAGGUAACAAGAAUGGCGCAGGAUGAAGCGAUGAAUACUCUCCGCUUUGCCCACAGGAUUUACACUGCAAGACCCCAAGGUAUGAACGGUCAAGUUGUCAAACCUGCAGCGGGAAAGACAGAAAAGCCAGCAAAGCCAGCUGCGGAGGAAAGCGAAAUCGAGCCGCGAGCGAGCUUGACUACUGUUCCUCCGCCUCCCGCACCUGCUUCUAAGGAGGCGCAGGUCAACCGAGAGCUUGGCAACGACGGUGCGGAAGAAAGAAAAACCUCGGCAGAGGAGCAAGAGGGUCUCAAGGAGCUGGCGCGAGCAUGGGAGUAUGCGUACCAGCUCGAGAACCUGAUCGUGUGGAUGGCGGAAGUGUUUCAAGUCGGAGCUUACGAUCCUUCGAAGCUCGAGGCCAUGCUCGACUCUAGCUGCAAGAAGUUCAACGGAGUCGGGUCGGGAGAGAACAGUAAGGACGCGUCGGCUAUGAUCCGAGACGUUCUUGCUAGUAGCAGCGAGGAGGUCCUGAAGCUUCCGGGGGGGCGAGACAAGAUGGUCAACUUCAGGAGGAACUCGGUGUCCAGCCCAUGGACAGGAGAGCUGCACCAGAUUCUACUGAAGCACGGGGUUGUCUCGCGGCUUGAGAGCAUAGAGCACGAGAGAAUGUUCAAGUCGGACUGGAGAGGAGAAGGACGUGCGGAGGAGGGGAGAGAGGUCGACACGCUGUCCCUUUCCUCCAAACCAGUCCGAGGGCAUGAGAUAUCGAAGCUGCAGAGCUACGAACCCCCUCGGGUCGUCUCUGAGGACGCCAAGUUCCUGCACCUGGACAGCAGGAUCCUCGAGCUCGAGCAGAACGUAAUCGGAGGAGCGGGGAAUAGCCUGGAUCUUCUAGAUGCCCAUAUUGAGUCGUUGAGGAAGGACGUGGAAGACUCGUUGGACCACAUCGACGACGAGCUGUUCGCCAACCUGCUCAGCCGCGUCUCCUACCUCAAGAUGCGGAGGGAGUGGGCGCGGGAGAACGACAAGGGCCUUGACCUGGACGGCAGCUCGCACAUGUUCCAACCCCUCCCCAAGAUCCCCGAAGUGCAGAAGAGCAACGGGAACAUCCUCCAGGACAUUCAGAACAUCCGCUCGAGGGUCGAGUCGAGCGCUGCAGACAGAAGCACACCGCUGGGGAAGGCUGCUGAACAUGCUGGAGAGUCAAGAAAGAGGAGGGCGGAGAACGCGCAUGUGCGAUGGUCGGAGCAGAACGAGGUGAUGGAGUUUCAGGUGACAACUCCGGACAAGUCGCAGGACGAGAGCGAGGAGGUCGAGCUGCCCCCGAGCUGGAGCAGCGCGAGCGAGGAGGAGCUCUGUGCUGAGAAGCUGCUGGACCUCCUGAGGGCCUCGUUGGAGACGCACGAGCGGCGGCACCAGAGCAAAGUCUAUGACAAGUGCUUCAGUGGGAGCCAGCUGGUGGACUGGCUGGUGGAGACUAUGGAUCAGGACAACCUGAGCUACGUCUUCGCACAUCUUGGGUCUGCCGCAGACUUCAGCGACGACGACACGCUCUACCGCUUCCUGGAUGGAGAGGAACAGGCUCUCGAGCUUCUUCGGCAGGCGAUCCUCCUGGCUCACGGCGAUGGGCCGCGAGACUUUGCGACUGUGCAGGAGUUUCAGCAGCGAACCUGCGAGCUGCAGAUGGUGAACUUGAUCCAGCUUCCCGUGGAGGAGCUGAGAUGCUUCUUCAUCAACAUCUUUAACGUGCUCGUCCUACACGCCAAGAUCACCUCCAAGUAUCCCUCCAACGACAGUCACGUCGUUCCUCGAUGCUCCUUCUUCCGCAACACCUCCUACCAGGUCGGCAAGUACUUCUACUCUCUGGACGACAUCUGCCGCGGCAUCCUCCGAGCCAAGAAGUGUCUUUUCCUCGAGUGCGACCCUCGCGUCCACUUCGCCCUCUCCUACGGCACUUCCGCUACUCCUCCCGCCCGCGUGUUCACGCCGGAGAGCCUCGACAGGCAGCUGGAGACGGCGACGAAGAAGUUCUGCACGGAGAGAGUGAAGGUAUCGGAAAGACUUCAGCAACAAUCCUUCGGGGCUACUAAGCUGGGUGGCGAGCAGGCUUCCUCCCUCGCUCUCCCACCAGAUCGCCCAGCUGGCUCAGAGGAAGGAUGUCAAGAUUGCGUUUGA